UUUUAUUGUCCCUUGUCGGGGGGGCUUUCAUUGUGUUCGACACCAUUUGCCUGUUCCUUCCUGCGUCUUUCUUUUUGGAACUGAAGUCUCGCCUAUUCAUCUUGGAUCUUUGGUUUCGUCUCUACCACAUUUGACACCGAACGCCUCGCUACUUUGGAUACUUGUUCUCUCGGCCCUUUAACAGAGGAAUGUCGUUUCCUCUCGAUACAUUUGACCGACAUAUCUCUCAUCUUUUUGAUUCGAUGGGGAUAUCUCUGCGCUGAUCCGCUGUGCCUUGUGGGUAUUCAUUAUGGCUUCCGUGGGGAAGCCCAAUCUGGAUGACUCCCGGCGCACUACGGGGUCGCCAAAACUGAAGGCACGAGAAAAUUCCAAAGACACCUUAUGCCGAAACAUUACCAUCUACGGUCGAUGCCGAUAUGAGGACAAAGGUACCGCAACUCUCGCCCGUCUGCGCAUUGCCAUAUCUCAAACUCGGACUCGUUCUAACCGUGGAUACACCACGUCCAGGUUGCGCCUUCAACCAUGAUCCGCUCAAAGUUCAUUCAGGGAAUCAAUCGGACAGCAGUGGCAGCAGUAAGAAGCGCCUAAACGUCGAGUCUCCCAGCUUCACCCCAUCUUCGCUGCCUACAAAUGGCUCGUCCACGCCAAAGAAGACGACAACGAUAUCCCCGAAAGCCGUAAGCGCGGCACCGUUUCAACCUAAAAGCAUCGCAUCACGCUCUAGCACCAGUACUUCCUCCCCUUCAAUCCGGCAAGAAGUGGCGUCUCCCGACUGGACUACUGUAGCCGAAGCCCAAGAAUUCAUCCCUCAGGCCUUUGAUACAACUCACGUGGCAUCUCUUCAAGCGAACGGCGGUGCUGGGCUUGCCUCGACGACCCCGUUCGAUCCUUUCGCAGCAGUUUCUGCGCCACUCUCCGCUGCCACGGCUGUCUGUCCGGUUUCAGCAAAUCCUUAUUCGCAUGACGCUGCUGCUGGGCUUGGCGGAGCUACUUUCUUUGCAAGUCACGGCGGCUUUCAACCACCUGCUCAAUAUCAUCUGUACGCACCAAUUGGGCCUCAUAGUCAAAAUCUGUUGGGCUACCAGCGAAACGUGCAUGAUUUUUUUCUUCCAAAUGACUUCCGAGAAGAGCUCCAAAAGAAGGCGGCAGCCACCUUGCAGGUCUUGCCCAAUACCCAGUUGCCGGCCCAGGUCGAUUAUUUCCACUCACUGGUGCCUCUUGAUCUGAACCAUCAGAAAAAUGCGGCUGUUUUUGGAUUUCCCAGUUGGGUUUACAAAGCUCAGUCAAGCAAAGACGGGAAUUAUUACGCUCUCCGGAGAUUAGAAGGUUUCCGUUUGACAAAUGAAAAAGCCAUACGAUCCGUCCAGGCCUGGAAGCGGGUAUGCAAUGGCAGCGUCGUUACGGUUCACGAUGCGUUUACCAGCAGAAGUUUUCAGGACAGCUCCUUGAUCUUCGUUACAGAUUACCACCCAUUCUCUAAAACCCUCGCUGAGCAACAUCUUUCUACUGGUAAUAGAUUUCAAGCCCGUCAUAAUGGGCAUGUCCCCGAACAGGUGCUCUGGGGCUAUAUGACGCAAAUCGCGAACGCCCUCAAAGCUAUUCACAGUAAUGGUCUCGCAGCAAGGGUCAUUGAGCCCAGCAAGAUUCUUCUUACUGGGAAGAAUCGCAUACGUUUGAACGCGUGUGCCAUCAUGGAUGUGGUCCAAUAUGACACUCAGAGGUCGGUUGCAGAUUUGCAACGUCAAGACCUAGUGAACUUUGGCCAGAUGAUUGUUACUCUGGGCGCCAAUUCGCCAAAUAUCUUGCACAAUCAUACCAAGGCGAUGGAACACUUCUCUCGUGCAUAUAGCCCGCAGUUGAAAAACUCGGUCUUCUGGUUGCUCAAUGGGAUGCAGAAGGACCAGGAUCGGAACAUCGAUAUCUUCAUUGCCGGCAUCUCCUCACAACUUAUCUCUACCUUUGAUUCUGCUCUUCAUCUGGAUGACCAGCUUACUUUCGAUUUGGGUCGCGAGCUUGAAAAUGGCCGCCUUGUACGGUUGAUGAUGAAACUUAACUUUAUUAAUGAGCGUCCCGAGUACGAACAUGACAAGCAGUGGUCCGAGAAUGGAGAACGAUACUUCUUGAAGAUCUUCCGCGAUUAUGUCUUUCAUCAGGUGGAUACACAAGGCGAACCCGUUGUGGAUAUGGGACAUAUCCUAGCGUGUCUGAACAAGCUUGAUGCAGGGACGGAUGAGAAAAUUACCUUGGUCAGCCGGGAUGAACAAAAUUGCUUUAUUGUCAGUUAUAAGGAACUGAAGAAGGCUCUUGAGUCUUCAUUCCAGGCAUUACUGAAGCCUACGAGGAGACUUCCUUGAAAACAACGUUCGUCUCGUUUAAUACUUAACCCGUGUUGAGACCGUCUAACUUUAUGGUGAGAUUAAGUUUGAUAUUGCAAGGGAUUAUAUACGGACGCUACACGGUGAAGUCGACAGCUGAGUACGGACAGGUGCAAUAUGCACGAUGUUCUCGUUGAAUCCGGUAGGAGGUAUUUGAAAGAACAAGGCAGAGGGGCCUGGUUGAGUGGAGGAGAUAGGAUCUCUGUUGAUAGCACACUUAAUUCUGCAGAUUUGAAUCAUGCGUAUAUUACAGUUAGCUCUUCAUGGGGGACGGUGGAUUAGCGGAUUGAUUCGAUUAGAAAGGCAUGCUAGCCUUGAUAUACACAAAUGCAGAACACAUCGUUAGACAUAUGU